AACAUCUGACACACAAAGUUAAGUUAGUUUUUGAUUCACUGGAGAGACAGAAACAACUUGAAAUUAAACAGAAGCAGAUUAUUCAGCAACUGGAAAAAGAUCUUGCCGAGGUACAGACAAUGGAAGCAGAGUAUAAGAAAUUAAUUCAGAGUCAGGAAACUGAUGAACUCUUGGAAGAAGAAAGGGUUAAAGAGUAUGAUAAACUAAAGCAAGAGGCCGGGAAACGGACUGCUGUACUUCGUCAGCAGCUGUAUACCGUGGAAAAAGAACAGAAAGAUCUCCAAGAGAUUUUGGACAGAGAAUUAUGUAAGAAAGUUCAGAUAAACCGUCAGCAACAAGGGAUUAAGAAUGCAAUAGCAGAUGCAAAUAUACGCUUGCAAAAAAUUGAUUGCUAUAUCAAGGAAAAGGAACUUUCUCUGCAUGAAAAGAAGAAAUUACAGGAUGAAGAACAAGCAAAAGUCAGCAGUGCUAAUGAAGAAAUAGAAAAGGUAAAAAGUGAACUUGAGACUCUGGUGAAGCAUUUGAACCAAAUGAACAUAGGGAGUGAACUUUUCCUUAAAGAGAAAAAGAAGCAAGAUAUUGUGAAGGAUUUGAAGAUGGCAUUUGGUGAUAAUAUUCUUGGACGUAUGUCAGACCUCUGCCAUCCUGCCCAUGAACGUUACAAGUUGGCCAUUACCAAAGUGAUGGGCAAAAACUUAAAUGCACUGGUUGUUAAAAGCAAGCAGACUGCUUUGGAAGUUAUUCAUUACCUCAAGACAUUUCACCUACCACCUGAGAUCAUACUUCCGCUUGACACCAUAAAAGUCUAUCCAAUUCAAGGGAGAUUAAGGAAUCUCUGCAUCCCAUCUGGAGAAAACGUGAAGUUGUUGUACGAUGUAAUUCACUGCAAAGUCCGAGUUAUUGAACCAGCUGUCCGGUUUGCUGUUUCAAAUUGUCUUUUAUGUGAGACUACAGAUACUGCUGUGUAUGUAGCUUAUAAACUGGAUCCUACAGUGAAGUAUAAUGUUGUAUCUUUGGAUGGUACUUAUUAUAAAAAGGGAGGCGUACUGUCAAGUGGGAAAGUAAGUUUGCAACAGAAAGCAAAGCAGUGGUUGGGACAAGAAAUUCUUCAGGCACAAAACAGAAAGACAGAACUGUGUGAGAAGUUACGAGACUUGCAGAAGCAGUCCAGAACCAUUCCAAAUGUAAGACAGACUACUGAUGAAAUAUGCAGUAUAGAAAUACGUGUGAAGUAUGUCAAGGAAGAUAGAAAGAAACUGAUAGAAAAAGUCACAGAAUUGCAAUCUCAGCUGGAAAAAUUAGGUACCCAUUCUGCAGAUGCUGAUUCUUUGAUUACAGACCUUGAACAGAAAAUGCUGGAUCAUUGUAACAAGAGACAAACAAUUCAAAAUGAGAUGAACUUGGUUGAGGAUACUGUAUUUUCUGACUUUUGUCAUAAGACUGGUAUAGCAACUGUUCGUGAAUAUGAGGGAAUUGGUCUCAGGCUGUACCAAGAAAGAGCUGAAAAGAGAAGCGAACUCUCGACACAUAAGCAAAAUAUUUUGACCCAACUGAAGUAUGAAAAUGAGAAGCUCACAUUGCAAACUGGCACCUUGAAGAAGGAGCAGGAAUUGAAUGAACUAAAAGCUGAACUCGAAACAGCAAAACUUCAUGUACAGCAAGCUGAAGAGGACAAAAUAAAUCACUCACAAAAAUUAAAAGAUUUGAAACUAAAUCUACAGACUUUGAAGACAAAACGUUUUUCUACUGAAAAGGAAAGAGUCAAGGCCCAAGAUGAUGCUAAGAGACUCGCAGAUGAUAUAAAGGAGGGGACCUCGCAACUAAAUAAUGUAAGACUGAGGAUUGAAAAUCUGAAAUAUGAACAUCGUAAUCUCCUAGUGCAGUGCAAGGUUCAGGGACUGAAUAUUCCUAUGAGACGUGGGACAAUGGCUGACAUUCAUGAAUCAGAACCAUCUUCACUGAAUGAAAGCUCUUCUACCUCACAGGGAGUGGAACAAGAUGAGAGACGGAUUGUAAUUGAUUAUAGUCAACUUUCAGACAGCCUUAAAGAAGCAAGUGAUGUGAAGAAAGCAGUGAAAGAAUUGGGCUUAAAUAUUGAAGAUACAAUGUUAAAAAUUAGGACUAAGAAACCUAAUAUGAAGGUGGUUGAAGAAUUUGAUGCUAUACAGUUGUCACUAAAGGAGAUCUAUUCAGAAGUUGAAUCAACAGUGAAGAUUCUGCGUCAUGAUGGGCACAAAUUUAAGAAAAUCAGAGAGGAUCGUACUCGAAAAUUCAUGGAAUGUUUCAGUUCCCUGGAAACACAGGUUGAUGACAUCUAUAAGGAGCUCUAUGAGGCUCAGAAUGGAGCAGCUCUGCUGACAUUAGAGAAUCCAGAAGAGCCCUAUCUUGCAGGUGUGAGGUACAGUGUACAAGUUCCACACAAGAGAUGUGUUGCGAUGGAUUGUCUUUCUGGUGGUGAGGCUGCAAUGGCAAGCUUGGCUUUCAUGUUUGCUCUAAACAGGUAUAGGAAGGCACCAAUAAUAAUCCUCGAUGAGCCGGAUGGAUCUCUUGAUCAGAGAAAUGUCUCAAAAUUUGCAGAAUUUCUGAAGCAGAAUAUUCAUUUGCAGAUAAUUAUUAUUACACACCGUAAUCGAAGUGCCUACGCUACAGUAGCAGAUGAUGUCAUAGGCAUAGUGAAAGAGAUUGAAAAUGGGUUAACGGUCAGCAAAAUGUGUAUACUGGAUCUAACCGAGUAUCAGAUGAAUGAAGAAGAUAAUCAGGAAGAUGAAAUAAGAAGUUCCUUAGGGAAGCAGUAAACAGUAAAGUUGAAGUGUUUGUUUAAAAUUAAGAUGUAUUUGAUUCUGAUGCAGUAUUGCCUGGAAGCUGACCACUGUUUGAGCACAAAGACACAGUUAUGACAGGAUUAAGGAACAAAAUAAAUCCAGUAACUGAACAGCCACACGUGGGCAUUAUGUUCAUGCUAAGCAGAAACCUCAAGUAAAGGCAUAAAUAGUUUCAUUAUUUUCUUUAUUUUGUUAGGCUUUUUGAAUUCUGAAGUGAUUUAUUAAACAGAGGGAAAGUAAUAGUGAAAAAUACUUCUGUUGAAAUAAAUCAUACUAUUUAAGUUUAUAUUAAACAUUUAAUGUAUUUAAAUGAAUGCUUAUUGUUUGGAUUUUUGGCUGUUAAUCUUCACAUUUUUCAGCCACUAGCCAAAUAUUUCUAGUAUCUUAAUGUUCUUCAAAAUAAGCCAACUUCAAUUAACCCACCUCUUUGUCAUUUUGCUACACUCCACAGUUUAAUAGCUUUCAUUCAAUUGUUAGUACUGCUACACAACAUAUCAUGGUUCUCAUGUUAAACAUUCAUUAAUCUUUAAUUUCUAUAUGACAUGAUUUGUUCCAAUAGAAGAAACAAAUAACAUUAAUAUGGCGUAGAAGUUUCGAACAAAUAAUGUCUGUUGAACGAAAGAUAUAUGGACUCUAUUUCUGACAAAAGAAACUCUUCUAUGAAAAAUACCCUCUGUGUAUAAUUACAAGCACAAAGAAUCAAAAAUAUUUUGGUGAAAGAAAGAUUAAAGAAAUAAAACUAGUUAUCACAUGAACUGGAGCAUAAGACAGGGGUAAAACAUUCAUAUAUUAUGUAGUUCCUUUAUGAGCUUGUCUGCUCUUCCAUUGUUCACCCGACUUAUGUUCUUCACCCUUACUUUCCAUAUUCUCUGUUAUUUAUUUUCAUGGGAUGCAAACAGAUAUUUUACUUUCAUUUUGGGAUUCCAUAUGGAACAUUUUCCACUAAAUAAUUUCAAUUUUUACGAUGUAAGUUUUUAUUACUUUACAUUGCAAAGCUAUUAUAUUUUCCUGAUUUAUAUACUGUAUUCCAUUGAAAUCCAUUAGUUAUGUAUAAUACAUCUAUCACAUGUUUUAAGUUAUGUAAUACUAUGUUCGUAUUGAAACUACAGUAAAAAUACAUGUUUGAUCAGCUAGGAAAAUUCCUGUAAAAGCAGUUUAUGUGAAUUCUGCUUUAUACUUCCAAGCAGACAAAUGGUAUUCUGAUAUCAGAGUGAUAUUGCACAUUAAACAUAAAAACAUCUCAUCUCUGUAAUAACUAGCCAUGCCCCAAACUUAGCAUUGUUACAUGUGGUGGAAAAAUGUUGCGAAAUAACACAGUAGUAAUCAGUGUUAUUUUCUGGGGGAAAGUGGCAUUAUUUGUGUGUGCCUAUGUGUCUUCCUUUCCAGCUUUUGAAUCAGCUGAUCUGUUUUUACAACAUUUGAGAUGAACCUUAUGAUGCUGAAGAAAACAGCAGUCUCAUUUUUAUCUUCCUACAAUCUGUUAAUUUCUUAAAAACAAGGGACCACAGUUUAAAAUGUUAUGUACAGCCAGGAACAAAGCACUUGUCAUAAUCUACACUUUAACUCAUCUUUCACUUUAUUAAAAGAAUGUAUGACCAACUGUAUAACUGGCAUUCCUAUGUUGUCAGAAUAACUGGAAAUAAAAGUUCAGUCAUAGAACUUGAUUCCAGUCCUUAAAUUAAUCUACUCUACAAUUUUGCAUGUUCAAGUUUGAUUUAUUUUUAAUAGAAAUGUGUUGUAAAGAAUUAUUUUUGCAUAGUUUCUAAAUCUGUUUCAUAUAUUUAUUUUCAGCAUUGUGUCAUAUAUUGCAAUAAUUUAUUUUUAAAAUAUUACUUGCGUUUUUAACUUAUCUAGGGAAACAAAUAAGCAUAAAGGACAGGAAAGGUGAUAAUAUGCAGCAACGAAUAUUAACAUUUUUAAAAUAUGGCAGUUAUAAUACACUGGUUCUUAAUAUGUUCCUUUUCAGUGUUAUUUCCUUAUAUCUCUGUAAAUGCUUAUUGGUUGUAACAUGAAUAAUAAACAUAGGGCUGUUGUUUCACAGCCCUUGGCCAGUC